CCUCAGUUUCAGCCUUCCCCAGUAUUACUUAUACUAUUGGAGCAUGUCCCCAAGACAAGAAAAUGAUUAGACCAGUUGGCUCUACUUAAACCUGAAAGGUUACUCCAACUUCAUCAAUUUACCAUUGCUCCCAGCAAACACACACAGAGAGUUGCUUCAAACAUUGAAGAUGAAUAUCUCGAGAAUCAACAGUAUCGGAUCUAUUACUACCAAGUUAAACUGCAGUGAAACCCCAGCGAGCCCUUAUCUCCAUUGCUCAAAGAUCACUGCCAAGGAUAUUUCUACUCUGGGAUUUCCAUCUCAUCAAUCUGUCAGCUUAUCGUGGCUCAGAAGGGAUGCUUCAGAGAGCUGUCUUGUGUUGAAAACUGCUAAGAUCCCAAGAUGCAUGAAGAAGAGUGGGAGACUAGAAGUGAAAGCUUUUACUGAAGAGCAAGAAGCUUUGGUGACAAAAUCAUGGAAUGUAAUGAAGAAGAAUGCUGCAGAGUUGGGACUUAAGUUCUUCUUGAGGAUCUUUGAGAUCGCACCGUCUGCAAAGAAGCUUUUUACGUUCUUGAAGGACUUGGAUGGACCUCUGGAGCAGAAUCCAAAGCUGAAACCCCAUGCGAUGACUGUUUUUGUCAUGACUUGUGAAUCUGCUGUUCAACUUCGGAGAGCUGGGAAAGUUACUGUGAAGGACUCAACUCUUAAGGAUUUGGGGGCGACGCACUUUAAGUAUGGCGUGGUUGAUGAACACUUUGAGGUCACUAAGUACGCGUUGCUGGAAACCAUAAAGGAAGCAGUGCCUGAAAUGUGGUCAUUGGAGAUGAAGACAGCGUGGGCCGAAGCCUACGAUCAGUUGGCUGCUGCAAUCAAGACGGAAAUGAAACCCCCUUCUUGAGACACAAAGAGGGACGAAUCUGCAUUUGUUCCAGUUUACUUAAUAAGUUGUGUUAACACAAAGAUGAGUGAUAUACUUUUGUUACUUGAGUUAACUGAGUAAAUGACUCUUGAUGCUGAUUUUGGAUUUAGUCGAGUAAUAAUAAAUUAGUACAUUCGACUACAAUUUGGUGUGAUCUUUGCAUUUAUUGCUUUGUAUAUGACUGUCACUGGCCUUGGGAAUCAGCUCAUAAACAGUUUUGAUAGAGGCUGCUUAAGUAUUUUGAAUUA